AUGGAAGGCGAAAUUUCAGCAGCCGUGGACGAAGGGCAGAACCGUACUUUCGCAGCAUCGUCUCCCGAGAUAGUUGAGAUCGAAGAGGAAACUGAGGGCACGGCUGGAGGGGCAACAGAUGUUUACGUGGCCGUAGGAAAAAAUGACUCGCACGUAGUCAAAUGGGCUCUUGACCAUGCUUUGUCCCCCGGUGGCCGACUUUUCCUCGUGCACGUUUUUCCGCAAAUCACGUACAUAUCCACGCCAGUCGGGAGGCUGUCGAGAAGCCAGCUCAGCAAAGAACAGGCACAAUAUUACAUAAGGGAAGAGAGCAACAAGAGGAAACACAUGUUAGAAAAGUACAUUCAGCUCUGUAACGAGUCCAAGGUAGCUGUGGACACAAUGCUUGUCGAGAGCAAUGCAUCGACCAAGGCCAUCUUGGAACUCAUUGCCGUUGCUAAUAUAACCAAACUUGUCAUGGGGACUAAGCAAUCUCCCUUGUCGAGGCUAUCAAGGAAAGGCCUAGGGCUGGGAAAAGGAGAAUAUGUUCAAAAGUAUGCACCCAAGUCUUGUGAUGUUACUGUGAUUUUUUAUGAUGGCAAAAAAAUGAAGACUCGUUCUUCACAAGUCGGCCCAAAUACCGAAAAGCACUUUCUUGAGUGUGUAUGCUUUUCAAGCAAAUCCAAUCCAUCAGAUUAG